GGUUCUAAACAAUCUCAGAAGUUAUUUUCGCGCGAAAAUAUGGAUCACAAUGGUAGCCUUUACGAUCACAUUCUUCUUUCCGGUCAGAGAGGAUCAUCAACGCCGUCAGCGAUGCUGGCUUCUCUGCUCAGUAGAAGAGCUAAGCAUCAAGAAGAGCUUCGGAAUAUCGAGAGACAAGUGUAUGAUAUGGAGACGAGUUAUUUACUGGAUCCGGGCCAAUGUGGCAACGUUUUGAAAGGUUUUGAGGGGUUCCUCUCUUCAUCUAAUAAGAACACUGCCCUCUCAAAGCGGUCCAGGAAGUUCCAACUUGAAGAUAGGCUAUUCUCAUUAUCUUCAGUAACGUCUCCUGCGGCUGAAGAGGUUGCUGCUGCUAGAGAUGGUGACCCUCUAAUUUGCAGAGGAAAACCUAAAAGGGGAAGAGGCCGAGAAGCAAAGAGAAUGAGACACUCCGCUGAGCCGGAUUUCGACUAUGACGAUGAUCCCGACGUGACAUUGUGAAAGCACUCGGAUCUAAUGAAGUGCUCAUUGGGCUUGCCUUAACGUCUUCAAGCUUUAAUGUCCGUCUUCGUCUCAAAGCAACCGGUGAUGGCAAAGGCCAUUUACAUGAUUUUCAAGCAUACCAGAUGAAAAGAAAAGGCCUUUUACUUUUCACGGUGCUCAAAAUCAACGGGGUUCGUAUGGUUAUAGAGUUGAAUGAUUGUAAAUGAGCCUUGGAAAGUUUUAUCUUCUUACGAGCAAGUUCAUGCAACAAGUGUCGUCUUGUGUUGUUCUACUCGGCAU